AUAUCCGUCACCCAGCCCACUCUCACUCAGGUCAUUCAGUCAUUCAGUCAGUGAGUCAUUCAGUCAGUCAGUCGUGUGUGUGGUGCGUGUGGUGGUUGUCCUUGAAGGCCUUGUUCAUCUGCACCCACAGGCGCCCUUCUGGCGCACAUCGGAUGCGGCCCGGACACUCAUGGCUGCCAACCAACGACACCGUGGCAACGCCAGAACCACCACACAGCCGACUAAGCGAUGAAAACAGCACAGCAGACACAGCCAACGAAGAAGAAGUAUCCAGGCGGGCCUUCGUGUAAGGUGUUUAAAUGGGUCUAUUGUGUGCACCUGUCGUCGACGAUCCAUUCGUCCGUUCGCGAGAGGUGGUGUGUGUGGAAUGCGUAUCGGAUGAGUGCGAUGAUCUGCUCAAACCUCAGACGCCCAUAGCGAUCAUCACCCGUCGCGCGACAGUCCUCUAUCAACAACCUGAGACACCAAAGGCGCACAAACCAUAGGUUCCCACACCCCUCUGUAUGUGUGUGGUUGGUUCUCCUUACCGCCAGAUGAUAUUCUCGUAUGAGCGGUUGUAUCCAAAUGUGUCGUUUGUCUCGCCCAGACCGACGGCAGCACGCAGCGACGCGUCGCUCCCAUACACGAUGUCACCUGACCAACACACACACACACACACACACAUACGAAAGGGUGUCUGUCGAUGGCCGUUGAUGGAUGGCUCUUGAACUCACCGGCUAGUUUGGAGGGUGGCAGUGCGGGGUCCUUGUGCGUGUGUGGUAUGUGCCGGUAGAUGACCUCGUGGACGAUCUUGCCGAACGCAUACUGGUCGCACAGGGCGUCGCACGUCCCUGUCGACAUGGCCGGGUCCUCCUGCACACACAACACAAACAGAGAGAGAGAGAUGAGUGGACGAUGGAACCGGGGCGCUCGCUGGCUGCUGCAUACCCAUGCGGGCGUUGAUCUGACGGGCGUCAUGCUGGUUGUGGGCAGGAGGGGGAUCGAAUCGGCCAAACCGAAGUCAACAACCUGAACAAUCACGCGCCACACCACACCACACCACAGCACAGCACAGCACACAUGACGUAUCCACGCACUCCGCAUCGUCUGGUGCCGAGUCGUACCACAGGAGUAGCCGGCUCCUUGGCCCCCUUGCUGCCGAACUGGUGCAUGAGCAGCACGUUGCACGACUUGAGGUCCCUGUGCGCGACCCUCCUGCCGUGCAGGAAGGCGCAUGCGUUGGCCACGCCGUGGACGAGCGAGUAGGUGACCGCUGGCGACCGGGGGUGGGCGGCUGCAGGGGAGGCGUCGGGCACUGGGGCGCGGGGGUUGUGCAGGAAGUCAAACAGACUCCCGCCCUCACACCACUCCAGCACCACUCCUGCACAGCGACACAGCGAAUACCCACCGUGUAUUGUGUUGUGUGCACUCCUUCCUAUCUAUCUGGCUGGGCUGAUUGUGCGUACCGAUAUAUGUGUUGUCCCGUUCGAAGGGCGCGGCGCUCGGAGCCGCCGUGACGCCCAGCAGCCGGACGACGUUGGCGCACCCCCUGCCCCUCUCGGUGUGUGUGAGGUGGUGCAGGAAGCGCACCUCCCGCCGGAGGGCGGCCAGCAGGGUGUCUUCCUCCUCCAUCAUGUGCAGCACGUUGUAGCACUUGACCGCCACACGGCUGCCAUGGGGGCUCUGGCCGUGCUGCUCCACGCAGAAGACGACGCCCUGCCCGCCCGCCUCCCGCCGGUGGUCCUGCGAUAUGGGCAGCUCGCUCGCCGGGAUGAUGGGGAUGUGCGGGCCGAACAGACGACGGAUGGCCUCGGAGGGGGACAACUGCAUGUCACACACACAGAGGCAGACAGGAGCGUACACACACAGCCCUGCCGGACAGGUGUGUGUGGGGGACACCCGACGAGGCGCACCUGGUACUGCCUGAGUCUGUAGAGGAUGCCGUAGUCAGCCUCCGAUAUGCCUCCGGGUUUGCUCAUCUGUUUGCGUUCGAACAUCUCCUUGACGAUGUCGGCGGGCCGUGGGCGGCAGACGGGCGACUGGCAGCCGUGCACUGAGGGGUUGAGCGCUAUCAGGUGGGGAGACGUCGCGUCGGCGUAGGCGGGGUAGAGGUGCAGGGGGUGACACUUAGAAGACGAAAACACCGGACUCGUCACAUCAUCCUACACACACACACAAGGAUGAAAUCAGGACAGCCUAGCCUGCAUUUCCGUCAUUGUAGGCCUCGCAGAGAGUUGCGCGUACCUGGUCGUGCAUCUCCCUAAUGAGCGGCAGCGAGGGCACACUCGCUCCCCUCACGCCGACACCCACUUCCAUGUCGAUGCCCGCCAUACCCACGCCCAUACCCAUGCCCAUGCCCAUGCCCAGCUCCAAUCCGCCACCAUACAAGCCAGUGUUGUCCAUGACGGAUGGCGGCAGGCCGGGCGGCGACAUGAUCGACACGGACACUGCAUCACCACUUGCCGGGUAUUGCGAAAAAGACGACGGGAAGGGCUCGCUCGACUCACGCAGGGGCAUGCAGGGCUGGGAGGGGAUGGCGGCAGGGGGCGGGCAGGCGAAUGGCAGCAUGUGGGGUGGGGACGGGUUGGGGGGAUACCCGCCGCCGGUCGAUGUCGAGCAGUCCGAAUCGGCGCGAGUCGAACGCAACAAAUCCCACUCUGAUCAACAACAACACACACAACACACGAACCAGGAGAUGCAGGAUUUGGUUGUGCUGAUGCGUUGCGCACAAGCGUACCUCCACUUGCCCGACUGUCGGCCCUCCUCGGCUGCAACAUGCCGCCACAUCCCCCUUCACACGCAGGCAAGUAGACGCCACCAACACCAGCACCAGCAGUCGCCACACCGCCCUGCUGCAGCUGCUGCCCAGGGUCCCUCACGGCAUUGUCCUUCCUCCCUCCUGCGCGUGAGUUGGUGUAGAGCAGCACAGUAGGCGAGAUGGGUGCCACGGGCGAGGGCAGGCAGCCUCCUGAGCCGUUGUGUGCGGCCUUGCGCAUGAGGACGGCUGGCGGGGUGGCGUCCAUGUAGUUGCAGGGGGGAGAUGGCGAGGGGGAGCUGACGGCCCGCGACACUCGGCCAUCAUAGGCUCGGCCAUACAUCCUUCCUUACCGGACGGACGGACCGACGGACACACCGACAAACGACAAGACACGCACACACCUGCAGACACGCAAGCAACCCAACCACAGACAGUCAGACACACAGUGAGACACGCCUGACUCACACCCUCCUCCCCGCUUCAGCCCUCCCGUCCCCCCCCUGCCCGUGUGUGUGCCCUCGGUGUGCGUACCUUUCGUUGUGCCUUGUCAGUCGGCACACGAAGCUAGGCUAGACAGACAGACACGCUGUCGUGUCUUGAGGAGCGAGGUGCGACACACCCACCCUCUCGGUCGUUGUCGCGCUAGUCACUGUGGCGAGCGGGUGGGCGGCAGGUAGACACUCCAACCAGACUGGCUAACGCAGGCAGGAGUAGGUGUACGUCAAAGAGGUGAAGCGGAGGCCGGCUUGUCGAGUUAUCAGCACAGGUAUUCUGUGAAGCUGGAUUCAGGUAGUAGGUGUGGCUGAUUUCCCUGCGCGGCUUUCC